CUCGUCAGAGUUUUAGUCAGCCACGGCCAAUUUUUUUAAAAACAAAUCUCUCUCUCUCUCUCUCUCUCUCUCUCUCUAGCUUCAGAAGGAGAGCCAAGCUUCGAUCAAUCAACCGUCGCGUGAAUCUGCUCGGCCAGCUCCGUCCGUUCAACCCAUCCAUUCUUCUGCAACUCUUCUCCUUCUUCUUCAUCUUCGCCAUUGUCUGCUUUGCGUCAUCAAUCUUGUCUGUUGCUCGGUGGUGGAGGAUUGUGCUCCAGUGCGGUGGAACUCCGCUGUAGGCGGUGCCGGUGCUCUCUGCUUCGGCUCGCGGUUUCUGAGCUCUGCCUUUGCUCUGUGCUGGAAGUUGUAGCUGAAGGUUUGACCGGUCAGCGGUUCUAAGAUAGAGAUGAGGAUAAGGAUUGGAGUUUGUGUCAGGGAGAAGAAGCAGGUUUUCUCAUCUCCGAUGCGGCACAUACUUCAGAGACUGGAGGCAUUUGGUGAAUUUGAGGUGAUUAUCUUUGGGGACAAGGUUAUUCUUGAAGAUCCCAUAGAGAGCUGGCCAAUAUGCGAUUGCUUGAUUGCAUUCUACUCUAGUGGAUAUCCCCUGGAAAAAGCUGAGGCUUAUGCUGCUUUAAGGAAGCCUUUUUUGGUGAAUGAACUGGUACAGCAGCACCUCCUUCAUGAUCGGAGAAAAGUAUACGAGCGCUUGGAACUGUUUGGAGUUCCGGUACCGAGAUAUGCUCUUGUGAAUAGGGAAAGGCCAUAUCAAGAACUAGAACAUUUCAUUGAGGAAGAGGACUUUGUUGAGGUCGAUGGUAAUCGGUUUUGGAAGCCAUUUGUGGAGAAGCCUGUCGAUGGUGAUGACCACAGCAUAAUGAUAUAUUACCCCAGUUCAGCUGGUGGUGGUAUGAAGGAAUUGUUUAGGAAGGUAGGCAAUCGGUCAAGUGAGUUUCACCCAGAAGUCAGAAGGGUUAGACGUGAAGGCUCUUACAUAUAUGAGGAAUUUUUGCCUACAGGAGGAACAGAUGUCAAGGUAUAUACUGUUGGCCCCGCAUAUGCCCAUGCUGAGGCUAGGAAAUCACCAGUUGUGGAUGGUGUUGUUAUGAGAAAUCCUGAUGGUAAAGAAGUUAGGUAUCCUGUACUAUUGACUCCAAAUGAGAAGCAAAUAGCAAGAGAAGUUUGCAUAGCAUUCAGCCAAGCGGUCUGUGGGUUUGAUCUCUUGCGCUGUGAAGGACGUUCAUAUGUUUGUGAUGUGAAUGGUUGGAGUUUCGUGAAGAACUCAUAUAAGUAUUAUGAUGAUGCUGCAUGUGUCCUGAGAAAGAUGUUUUUAGAGGCGAAAGCUCCACAUCUUUCAUCAACAAUUCCCCCAGUGUUACCUUGGAAAGUGAAUGAACCAGUCCAACCAUCUGAGGGACUGACACGCCAGGGAAGUGGAAUAAUUGGUACUUUUGGGCAGUCUGAGGAGCUGCGUUGUGUAAUAGCUGUUAUUCGUCACGGUGAUAGAACUCCAAAGCAGAAAGUAAAAUUGAAGGUUACUGAGGAAAAGUUGCUGAACUUGUUGUUGAAAUACAAUGGGGGAAGACCUAGAUCAGAGACAAAACUUAAAAGUGCUGUGCAAUUGCAAGAUUUGUUAGAUGCGACGAGAGCACUAGUACCUCGUGCUAGACCUGGUCGUGGAAGUGAUAGUGAAGCAGAAGAUAUGGAGCACGCAGAAAAGCUGCGGCAGGUUAAAGCUGUAUUAGAGGAGGGAGGGCAUUUCUCUGGUAUUUACAGGAAGGUCCAGUUAAAACCUCUUAAUUGGAUUAAGGUUACAAAAAGCAAUGGUGAUGGGGAAGAAGAACGACCCAUCGAAGCUCUUAUGGUUCUUAAAUAUGGUGGUGUUCUGACUCAUGCAGGCCGGAAGCAGGCAGAAGAGCUUGGUAGAUACUUUCGGAAUAACAUGUAUCCUGGUGAAGGUACAGGCUUGCUUCGCCUACAUAGUACAUACCGCCAUGAUCUUAAGAUAUACAGUUCUGAUGAGGGUAGAGUUCAGAUGUCUGCAGCUGCUUUUGCCAAAGGCCUCCUUGACUUGGAAGGCCAAUUAACCCCUAUCCUGGUGUCCCUUGUCAGCAAAGAUUCGUCUAUGUUGGAUGGUCUUGAAAAUGCAAGCAUCGAGAUGGAAGAAGCUAAGGCUAGGUUGAAUGAGAUCAUAAAAGCAGGCUCGAAGGCAGUUCAUCGCAAUGGGUCUUCUGAAUUUCCAUGGAUGACUGAUGGAGCUGGAUUAUCUCCCAAUGCUGCAGAACUUUUACCUAAACUGGUGGAACUGACUAAGAAGGUCACCGAGCAAGUCAAACUACUUGCGAAGGAUGAAGAUGAGGAACUCACAGAGACAAGUGCAUAUGAUGUCAUUCCUCCAUAUGAUCAAGCUAAAGCUCUAGGGAAGACCAAUAUCGAUGUUGACCGCAUUGCUGCUGGAUUACCCUGUGGCAGUGAGGGAUUUCUUCUGAUGUUUGCUAGAUGGAGAAAGCUUGAAAGAGACCUGUAUAAUGAGCGCAAAGACCGAUUUGAUAUUACGCAAAUUCCAGAUGUAUAUGACUCAUGCAAGUAUGAUCUCUUGCACAAUGCACAUCUUAAUCUAGAAGGGUUGGAUGAGCUCUUUAAAGUUGCUCAGCUGCUCGCGGAUGGUGUCAUCCCAAAUGAAUAUGGCAUUAACCCUAAUCAGAAACUGAAGAUUGGCUCCAAGAUUGCUCGGAGGUUGUUGGGUAAAAUUUUGAUUGAUCUGAGAAACACCCGGGAAGAGGCGAUCAGCGUCGCUGAACUAAAGAGCAAUCAGGACCAGAAUUCAAAGUCUGACAAACCUGAAUCAGGAUCUCCAGAUUUUCAUCCAAAGCCCCAAGGGAAAAAUGAGGAAAAAAGACGUUCUAGCUUCACCAGUGAGAAGUCAAUGGAUCAGGAGGAGGAGGAUGAUAAGGAGCCCCAAUACCGCUUGGACCCAAGGUAUGCAAAUGUCAAGACACCCGAGCGUCACGUUCGAACAAGAUUAUAUUUUACAUCGGAAUCACAUAUACAUUCCCUGAUGAAUGUUCUUCGAUACUGUAACCUGGAUGAGUCGCUCCAAGGAGAAGAAAGUCUCGUCUGCCCUAAUGCUUUGGAGCGACUGUACAAGACAAAGGAGCUCGACUACAUGAGUUAUAUUGUGCUCCGCAUGUUUGAAAAUACUGAGGUGGCCUUAGAAGACCCAAAAAGAUUCCGCAUCGAGAUGACAUUCAGCCGUGGUGCAGAUUUAUCACCUCUCGAGAUAGACGACGGAGAGGCAGCUUCCCUUCAUCAGGAGCACACGCUGCCCAUAAUGGGACCGGAGAGGCUGCAGGAAGUGGGAUCAUACCUGACAUUAGAGCAGAUGGAAAGGAUGCUUCACCCUUUCGCCAUGCCAGCGGAAGAUUUCCCUCCACCAUCAGUACCCCAAGGAUUCUCAGGAUAUUUCUCCAAAUCUGCAGCCGUCCUCGAGCGACUGGUAAACCUCUGGCCUUUCAAUAAGCAAGGAAAUGGCGUGAAUGGGAAGUAAUCUUUCGGGUUGCUUGUCCUGCUUCUCUCCAUACUCCGAAUCAUGAACAUUUGGCUGUCCCAUGAGCUCAGAAUAAUCCGACACCAAAACAACAAAAGAGCUACAUGUCUUCUCCUUACAGAAAGGAAAUGGUAACGAGAAGAGCCAAGCACGAGGCACUCUUGAAGGAGGAGCUCAGCUCCUCGGGACAGAUUUUGGGACAGUUCGGUAUUUCCUUUUGUAAGAAAUGCCAUGUCGAGAGCGACAAUGGGGGGGAAUCUUAACAAAAAAUUGAUUGUACCAUUUACUGUGCUUGUAUAUGUAGAAGGAUGUCGUUAGUCAGCAGAGCAGCGGAUUCUCUUGAUUCCCAUGAGUCAGGUUAGAAUCAUUGCUCCGUUAAUAUUCUUCGGCUGCUAUUUCAUCUUACCACGGCAAAAUUUACGAUAUAUGGUACAACAUACAGGAUUAAGUUCGGUC